AUGUAAAAAAGAGAAGUAUUAAUAUAUUUGUCCUUACACGUCAUGUUCAUCUUUCCCUGUGGCCUCAUUUGCUCCUCUGUGCCAACUCCCUUUCAUCUUUUAACAUUUCAAUACAGUUUUUAGCUACUUGAAGGUUUUUGUUUGUUUUUUCCCCCCAAAGUGAAUCAUCCAUCUAUUUUUGUAUUUUAUUAGAUACUUUCCAUUUUAUGUCCGCUCUGUCAUCACACUGAAGCGUGAUAGUUAUGUCCGUAUUAUUCAUUUCUCACAGACCUGCCUUUCACCUUGCUAAUAUAUGGAAGCACUGAAUAAACAGUCAAUUUGUCAUGUUUUUGUAUGAAGGUGUUAAAAUGUUGAGUUGUACGGCCUUUCCUGAAGCAGGAAGCAGCGCCCUUCGAGCUAACGCUAUUACAUGAAUUUCUUCUAAUCUCUAUACUUUAAAAUUAUUUACCUUACGUUAUACAAAUAUAACUGACACUACUUUAGAUAAAACAAUCGUAACGUUGCGCUGUCGCUAAAUUUGAUCUGUUUUUACAAAUAUCCGUGACUAGCUUGUAGCCCAUAGCCCGCUAGCAUCACCUACCGCUAGCCUUGUUUACGUUCCUUAUUUCUCAUUUACUGCUGUUUUGUUUAAAAAACAUAUGUCUGCUGUCGCUCCGGUUUUGAGUGCAGGUGAGGACUCGCUCGAGCUUCACAUGGUGCGGCUGGAACUGGAGGAUUUGGAGAAGCAGAUCCGCGGCCUACGCGAGAAGCAGGCCCAGCUGCUGGAGCGACAAACUGUGCUGGAAACAUCUUGUGCCUCUGCCCACAUAUCCAAGGUAAGCACACAGCGUGCUAUUUCCACUCCCAGGCCCUCUACGCCGUGUGUUUCUCUGUGCAGGGACCGUGCACCUAGGACCUUCCCAGCCGUGGGCUCCGUCACGCCGGCGCCAACACACCUCGGGCCUUGGGUGAACCAGCGGCGGAAGGCGCGGGCUGGACCCCAGGUGAGGAGCUCGCCACCUCCGGUGUUCGAGAUUCCGACCAGACCUAACGCUGUGAUCGUCGGGGACUCCAUUGUGCGGAACGUCCGUGUAGCCUCAUCUAAAGGUAAGGUGCACACACACUGUUUUUCUGGUGCUCGUGUCCUUGAUGUCGCUGCGCAGGUAUCCGGGAUCCUGAAGAAGGACGAGCGCAUUGGAGCUGUUGUGCUGCACGCUGGGACGAACGACACCAGGCUGCGGCAGACGGAGGUUCUGAAGAGGCACUUGUCCAGCCUGAUCGAGACGGUACGAGGCAGAUCACCCGCCGCGAAGAUCAUCGUCUCUGGACCUCUUCCCACAUACAGACGUGGAGCAGAAAAGUUGUUUCAUCCUGAUGGCCUGCAGCCUCGGAGCGGAACUGCUGUCUGACAACAUCUCCAAGGCGCUACACUCCAAGUGACUGUCUACCGUAAGUACAUCUUCUGACAAUAACGACAUUCAGUAUAAUCAAUGUUCAAUUAAUAAUCCGGGCCCGGUAAUACAUACUAUAGAGACUGUGUCUGUUCCCCGAGCUAUACAAAUAUAUAGACAAUCUCGGAAAGUCUGUCUUCGUAACCUAAUUAACCUAAAAUUAGAUCAUACUGAAUGCACAUCCAGCACCUUUAAUCUGAAGCUAGGACUAUUAAACAUUAGAUCUCUUGCGUCUAAGGCUCUUAUUGUUAACGACAUCAUUACUGAUCAGGAAUGUAAUUUAAUGUGUUUAACAGAAACUUGGAUUAAACCAAACGAGUACAUAGCAUUAAAUGAAGCCAGUCCUCCUGGAUACAGUUAUGUACAUCAGCCUCGUUCAACUGGUAGAGGAGGAGGUGUUGGUCUCAUCCAUAGAAAAAACCUAAGCAUAAAUUUAAUUCUUCUGAAAUUCUUUAUACCAGUAUAAAGUUAUUUUUUGUGGCUACAUAAGUAAAUUCCUCUCUUAUUUACAGGCCCCCAGGGCCAUAUACUGAAUUUCUUAGUGAAUCUGCAGACUUUGUCUCAAACCUGGUUGUGUCUGUAGAUAAAGCAUUAAUCGUCGGAGACUUUAAUAUUCACUUUGAUAACCCAGAAGACCCUCUGAGAACAGCGGUUGUGUCCAUCUUAGAUUCAGUAGAGGUCAAUCAGAACGUAAUCGGACCUACUCAUAAUGGUGGUCACACUCUUGACCUCAUACUAACAUACGGACAAUGUAUAGGAAAUAUUGUAACACUUCCACAGUCUGAAGUUGUCUCCGAUCAUUCUUAUGUCGUUCAUAAUACGUAUGGAUCAUAUUUCCGCCUCGCUACCGCGUAAAACGUACUUUCACAUCAGCUACUGCACCGAGCUUCAUCAAUAACCUCGCAGAAACAUCAGUUAGAUUUGGAUCACCGUCAGAUCACAUAGAACUCGAUCAGGCAACUGAAAGCUUAGAGUCAACACUCCGCUGCACGCUAGAUAGAGUGGCUCCACUCAAAAGAAAAAUAAUUAGUGAGAAAAAAUUAGCACCCUGGUAUAACGAUCAAACGCGAACCUUAAAACAGACAACUCGACAAUUAGAACGUAAACGGCGUCAAACCAAACUGGUGAUAUUUCAAACAGCGUGGAAGGAGAGCCUACUGAAAUAUAGGAAAUCUCUUGGCGAUGCUAGAAAAAUCUAUUUCUCCACCUUAAUAGGAGACAACAAAAACAAUUCUAGAUUCCUUUUCAACACAGUAGCAAAAUUAACUAGGAAUGAAACCACUACAGAGAGAAACACUCAAUCAUUACAUAGCAGUGAAGAUUUCAUGACAUUUUUCAUUGAUAAGGCUGAAAAUAUUAGACGUGAAAUACAGGCCAUUAAAUUAAAACCGGACAGUACUGUAACAAACCCAUUACAUGACAAUGUAGCAAUAUCAGAUCAAUGUUUAGAGUAUUUUGCUCCGCUUAGAGAGACCGAACUAGCUACAUUAAUCUCUUCAGCCAAUUCAUCAACUUGCAUACUAGAUCCCGUACCUACAUGUUUGUUUAAACAGAUUUGUCCAGGAGUAAUUGAACCACUUUUAAAUAUAAUCAAUUCUUCCCUAAGCAGUGGCUAUGUACCUAAAAAACCUGACCUUGACCCCUCUCAACUGUCCAGCUAUAGACCGAUAUCAAAUCUCCCCUUCAUCUCUAAGAUUUUAGAAAAGGUUGUACACAGCAGCUAUGCUCGUACUUAGAUAGGAACAACAUUCAUGAAAUGUAUCAGUCAGGAUUUAGACCUCAUCAUAGCACAGAGACAGCGUUAGUUAAAGUAGUAAACGACCUACUACUGGCCUCUGAUCAGGGUUGUGUCUCUCUGCUUGUGUUACUCGACCUUAGUGCAGCUUUUGAUACUAUAGAUCACACUAUUCUCCUUGAUAGAUUAGAAAAUGUUGUUGGUAUUAAGGGAACAGUCCUCUCCUGGCUCAGGUCUUAUCUGACCGAUCGUUAUCAGUUCGUAGAUGUAAAUGGUGAUUUCUCCAUGCGUACUGAAGUUACUUUUGGAGUUCCUCAGGGUUCUGUUUUAGGCCCACUGCUCUUUACUUUAUAUAUGCUACCCUUAGGACAAAUUAUUCGUAAACAUGGAAUUAGCUUUCACUGUUAUGCUGAUGAUACACAGUUG